GUCCGCUUAAAUCCUGCGGUGGGCGGCGCCGUGCUCUUCCGAGCACUAUGGAGAUCCAGUCCGGGCCGCAGCCUGGCAGUCCCGGCCGCGCCGAGAGGCUGAACGCGCGGCUGCUGGACGAGUUCGUGUCGCUGCACGGCCCUACGCUGCGCGCCUCGGGAGUCCCAGAGCGACUAUGGGGCCGCCUUCUGCACAAGCUGGAGCACGAGGUUUUCGAUGCCGGGGAGAUGUUUGGGAUAAUGCAGGUGGAGGAGGUGGAGGAGGCUGAGGACGAGGCCGCCAGGGAGGCUCAGAGGAAGCAGCCCAACCCUGGGGGCGAGCUGUGCUACAAGGUCAUUGUGACCAGUGAGAGCGGCGUCCGGGCUGACGACCCCAACAGCAUCUUCCUCAUCGACCAUGCCUGGACGUGCCGUGUGGAGCAUGCACGCAAACAGCUGCAGCAGGUACCUGGACUCCUGCACCGGAUGGCCAACCUCAUGGGCAUCGAGUUCCAUGGGGAAGUGCCCAGCCCAGAGGUUGUGGCCCUAGUGCUGGAGGAGAUGUGGAAAUUCAACCAGACCUAUCAGCUGGCCCAUGGGACAGCCGAAGAGAAGGUGCCAGUGUGGUACAUCAUGGACGAGUUUGGCUCGAGGAUCCAGCACUCAGACAUGCCCAGCUUCGCCACUGCUCCCUUCUUCUACAUGCCCCAGCAGGUGGCAUACACGCUGCUGUGGCCCCUAAGGGACCUAGACACAGGCGAGGAGGUGACCCGGGACUUUGCCUACGGAGAGGCAGACCCUCUGAUCCGGAAAUGCAUGCUGCUGCCCUGGGCCCCCGCCGACAUGCUGGACCUCAGCUUCUCUACGCCUGAGCCUCCUGCCAAGUACUACCAGGCCAUUUUGGAGGAGAACAAGGAGAAACUGCCGCUCGCCAUUAGCCCAGUGGCACGUCCCCAGGGCCACGUCUUCAGAGUCCACUGCGACGUGCAGCAGGUGCUCGGCCACCUUACCCACCCUCGCUUCACCUUCACUGAUAGCGAGGCUGAUGCCGACAUCUUCUUCCACUUCUCACACUUCAAGGACUACAUGAAACUCAGCCAAGAGAGCCCACAGGUGCUACUCAACCAGUUCCCCUGUGAGAAUCUGCUGACUGUUAAGGACUGUCUGGCCUCCAUCGCUCGCCGGGCUGGGGGUCCUGAGGGUCCCCCCUGGCUACCCCGAACCUUCAACCUGCGCACUGAGCUGCCCCAGUUUGUCAGCUAUUUCCAGCACCGGGAGAGGCGGGGUGAAGACAACCACUGGAUCUGCAAGCCCUGGAACCUGGCCCGCAGCCUGGACACUCACGUCACCAACAACCUCCACAGUAUCAUUCGGCACCGAGAGAGCACCCCCAAGGUUGUGUCCAAGUACAUCGAAAGUCCCGUCUUGUUCCUCCGAGAAGAUGUGGGGAACGUCAAGUUUGACAUCCGCUACAUUGUGCUGCUGCGCUCAGUGAGGCCGCUGAGGUUGUUUGCUUACGAUGUGUUUUGGCUACGCUUCUCCAAUCGGCCCUUCGCCCUCGAUGACCUAGACGACUAUGAGAAGCAUUUCACCGUCAUGAACUAUGACCCGGAUGUGGUGCUGAAGCAGGUGCACUAUAAUGAGUUCAUCCCUCAGUUUGAGAAGCAGUACCCAGAGUUUCCCUGGAGUGAUGUUCAGGCUGAGAUCUUCAAGGCCUUCACGGAGCUGUUCCAAGUGGCAUGUGCCAAGCCACCGCCCAUGGGCCUCUGUGACUACCCCUCAUCCCGGGCCAUGUAUGCCAUUGAUCUCAUGCUCAACUGGGACAACCACCCAGAUGGAAAGCGGGUGAUGCAGCCCCAAAUCCUGGAGGUGAACUUCAACCCCGACUGCGAGCGAGCCUGCAGAUACCACCCCUCAUUCUUCAAUGAUGUCUUCAGCACUUUGUUUCUGGACGAGACUGACAACUGCCAUGUCACCCGCAUCAUCUAGGUGCCCAGAGUUCUGCCUGUUCUCAUAGCCAGUUCCAGCCGGUUCCAGCCGGUCCAGCCUCUGCUCACAGAACUGCCUUUGCAGUCCCAGGCUUCUCCCUCCCUCCCUCUCUCCCCUCCUUCCUUCCUCAGCCAGAGCCUUGGCCUAAGUUAUACUCAACCCUCCUGAGCCGUGUUCCUGCUCCAUAUGUGGGAUAUCAGGUCCAUGUGUGGCAGAGCUGGACAGUGAGUGGUGUCCCAAGGACUGGGCUCCGACCAGCUGUACCUGGUCUCUGUACCUCUUAACGCCCUCUCUUCUCUGAAGAGUCUGCAGCUCAGCUAAGGGCUUUUCUCCUGGCAUCCAGAAAGUUCGCAGACCAAGAAAUGUUCUGCAGAAACAGGGUUCGACGAGGGAAGUGUUUGGGAACCCGGUAUCCACAAGGGCCAGGGAGUACUCUCAGAAUCUCUGCCCUCCUGUCCCAUGGCUGCUGCAAGCAGGGUACGGGAACCCUGUGUUGCACCCACAGGCCCCAGAACAGCCAAGGGGAAACAUUUGCCAACCCGGCCUUAUGCCUCGGCAUCCUCCGCCAGAGCCUUCACCAGCAGACUUCUCAGCCAUGCCUACCCUGGGUGUUUCCCUUCUGGGAAGCUGGGCUAUGCAGAGUCCCAUGGUCUCUGCAUGUUGGUACCUCACCAAGUCCCACUGUGCUCUUGUGGUAGACAGGGUGCUAGGUUGCUCUAGGGCUGUGACAUUUCAUGGCAGAAUCCAAGCAGGAGUGGCUGUGGAAAUGCCAGAGCGGCUAAGAUGGCUCUGGAGAGAACUUCAUGUGGGAAUCAGGCUGCCUCUUGCCAAAGUUCAGAGUCCUAGUGUUAAGGUUUUGGGUUUGGUUUUCCUUCAACCUGCAGGAAAGACAAUGUUACGUGGAGUUCCUAAUUUUGUUGCUGGAAUUUGAAGUCAGCCACCAUUGCUUCUGUAACUGCUGGGCGCUGGGAUCCUGCCCCCAGGAAGUUAAGAGUGGGCAGGAGCUCCUUCCAGAUGUCCUACUGUUCGGGUGGGACACUGUGGUGGCUGUUGUACUUGUGAAGGUAAAAGUGACCUUCUCUUAGCAUGACUGGACAUGGUUCUUCCUGCUCAUCUCUGGGCUUGUAGGCCACCUGUUAGGGAGCCUGCCCCCGCCACCAUCAGGGUCAGGGUAGAGACACUUGUGGUGGUCGCACCCCUGGAAAGCGGCUGGCAUCUGCCCUUUUAUACUGCAGUAAAAUACGCCUCCUUUCCACCUGGUCUUUUCUCUUUGGGGCCCUAGAGGCCUGGGCUGGGCUGGCAGGGCGGCUGUGUCCCUCCAAGGUUGCAAGCAGACCCAACAUGUCACCACGUGUGCUUUGAGAAAUGAGAAGGAAAAGAAAGACCUCCGAGCUCCCUAAGGCAGUCUAGCUUCCUAGUUAGAGUCCCAGUUCCAAGCUGGAGAAGAGAUCUGACCUGACCAGUCCACACUACCAACCCAAGGGGGCGUUGGGGGCCGCAGGGUCUGAGGCUUGGUCCCACCUGGUGGCCUUGAGAAAUAGCAUUCUCUAUGUUACCUCCUUGUUCUGGAGUGGGGAUGAGAGGCCAUAAUUCAUGAGGUAGUCAAGAGGCUCUGGGGGCUGGCAGAGGACCAGCAAGACAGCUCACCGAGUAAAAAUGCCUGCUGCCAAGCCUGAAGACUUCCCUGGGAGCUACAGGAGAGAGAACCAACUCCCACGGGUUGUCCUCUGACCUCCAUGUGUAUACCAUGGGACAUGUGACUGGACAGGCAUGUACACACAAAAAUAUAAUUUAAAAGUCUUC